AUGCGUAAGUGUAAAGUUUUUGUUGGUAAUUCUCACCCAAAAUUAGGGAAACUGGUUUGUGAAAGACUAGGUAUUGAACCUGCCCCAUGUACUUUGAAAAAUUACGUUAAUGGUGAAACAUCUGUUCAGAUUGGUACUUCUGUGCGUGACGAAGAUGUUUAUGUUAUUCAAUCUGGUUCCGCAACAGUUAAUGAUCACAUUAUGGAAUUAUUGAUUCUAGUAUCCGCCUGUAGAGGUGGUUCUGCUAGAAAAAUUACUGCCGUCAUUCCUCAGUUUCCUUAUUCCAAACAAUGCAAAAUGAAGAAGCAUAGAGGUGCUAUCACAGCAAGAAUGUUAGCUAAUCUAUUGAUUAUGGCAGGUGCUGAUCAUGUUGUUUCAAUGGAUCUUCAUGCCUCCCAAAUGCAAGGUUUCUUCACAAAACCGGUAGACAAUUUAUAUGGUGGACCAAGUUUAGCUAAAUGGAUUCGUGAAAAUGUUGAAGAUUAUCAAGAAGCUGUAGUUGUCUCUAAGAACCCUGGCGGUACUAAGAGAGUCACGGCAUUAGCAGAUGCUCUAAAAAUCAAUUUCGCAAUGAUCCAUACUGAUCGUCGUCGUUCAAAGGAUUUAUAUUCACAAAAUAGAGACUUACAACAACUGAAACAGAGAAAACAGUCAAUGUUAAGAAAGAAUAAACCAAUUGUCAAACAAGGUGAAACCCCUAACGAAGAAGAAAAUAUUAUAUUAACCAACGGGAUUCAAACUGCUAGAAUUCGUAAUGGUCAUGUAAUUGGAGAUGAAGAAGAGGAGGAAGAAUCUGUUAUCGAAGAUUUUGAUAGUGAUGUAAUCUCCAUUGAUGGUAUCAAUUCCACUGCAUUGGGUGAAACUUACGAUGCUAUUGAUUCUGAUGAUGAUGAAGAGAGUGAAUUUGUCCAAAAGGAAAAAUUAAUUACUUUGGUCGGUAACGUCCGUGGUCGUUCCGCCGUAAUUUUAGAUGAUAUGAUUGACAGACCAUCUUCUAUCAUCGAAGCUGCCGAGCACUUGAUUCAAAAUUGUGGUGCUAAAAAAGUCUACGUUGUUGCUACCCAUGGUGUUUUCACUGGCGACUCAUUAGAGUUGUUAGAACAAUCUGAAGCCAUUCAUCAAAUAGUAGUUACAAAUACUUAUCCAAUUGCUGAGGCUCGUAUAAAUAAAUCAAAAAAAUUGACUAUAAUCGACGUAUCUGCUAUAUUUGCAGAAUGUAUUCGUCGUGAUCAUUAUGGUGAAAGUAUCUCGGUGCUAUUUGAUUCUUUGGCCACUUAA